AGAUUGCUAUUGUGAGCCGCAGAAGAGUUUGUCUCUUUAACUUGCCUGUCUGGAAAUGCAGCAGCAGCAACAGCAGCACAGACCCAAGAAUGGAAACCGCGUCUCCUGAAAUAUGCUGAAGCGCAGAUAUUUUGUACGUGUUGGGUUUGGGUGAGGAAAGCACCAAAAAGACGCGAGGAGGAGCUGGAGCCUCCGGGGCUGCGCUCAUGUGACCGGUGGCGGCUGAGGGCUGGGGCUGCCCAGAAAUAGCCGCAGCUGCUUUCCUUUGCUCGGUGGAAGUGGGUAGCGCGAGGGAGAUUGGCUCCUCCGAAGGAUGCGAAGCCGCCUAGCCCCAAGCAGAUGAUGGCGAUACGAGAGCUGAAAGUGUGUCUGCUUGGAGAUACUGGAGUUGGCAAAUCUAGUAUAGUUUGUCGAUUUGUUCAGGAUCAUUUUGACCACAAUAUUAGCCCCACUAUUGGUGCUUCUUUCAUGACUAAAACUGUGCCUUGUGGGAAUGAACUUCAUAAAUUUCUGAUCUGGGAUACAGCAGGGCAAGAACGGUUCCAUUCAUUGGCACCAAUGUAUUACCGUGGGUCAGCAGCAGCUGUUAUAGUAUAUGAUAUCACCAAGCAGGAUUCAUUUCAUACACUGAAAAAAUGGGUAAAAGAACUAAAAGAACAUGGUCCUGAAAACAUUGUAAUGGCCAUCGCUGGAAACAAAUGUGAUCUUUCUGAUAUUAGGGAGGUACCUAUGAAAGAUGCCAAAGAAUAUGGAGAGUCUAUAGGUGCAAUUGUUGUUGAAACGAGUGCCAAGCAUGCAAUUAACAUUGAAGAACUCUUUCAAGGAAUCAGUCGACAGAUUCCACCCUUGGAAACUCAUGAAAAUGGCAACAGUGGGACGAUAAAACUUGGAAAGCAGACUGCACAAACAACUAAGCGGUGUUGUUAAACCAACUCAACCUGGUUUGCAUUACUUGAAAAAAGAAAAGAAAUCAUUUGCUUAUUUAUUGAGCUACAGACUUCAGAAACUCAAUGACAGAACAUCUUGUCUAAAAGCAAUAAUAUCAGUGCUUUUAUUGGAAUUGUAGGAGAAAGGUCUUGGAUCUGCACAAUUAAAGUGGACAAUUCAUUUUAGCAAUAAACUGUUUAAAAUAUUGACUCAGAUUAUUGGAAUAAUCUGUUUAAACCAAUGGGUAUUUUAAAUAAGCCUUUUGUUGAUAAGAGCAAACGUUACAUUUUCAGUACAAUAUUCUGAUUUGACCUUUAUGAAAAAAACAUACUAUGGUAUUUUAACUAAGUGAAGGAUAUGUACUUCUUAAUCUUUUUUUCUAACCAGAUUUGGCUUCUGUGACUUUGUUUCUAAAGCAAUAACUUAAAAGGGUGCCAAUUAGGUAGCUAUCUUUGAACAAUAAAUAGAUAAAAAUAAUAGUAAUUUCUUAAAAAUAAUAAAAUUCUGGUAAUUUUUAGCUUAAAGCUGUAGUUUCUUCUAUACUUGAAAGGUAAAAGCAGUAAUUGCAAACUCGACACUUUUAAGUACAUUAGGAAGUCUUAAAGGAGUCAAGAGAGGGUGUAGCACUGUAAACUCAAAAUGUUUGCAUUUAACAUCCAAUUACCAUAGUAAAAAUGAUUAGCAGAUGCUGUUCCAGAAGCCAAAAAUGAAUAGGAUAGCAUACCUUCCACUCCAGAUACUUGAAUUCAUUUAAAGCCCAUCUGGUGGCGAUGCAGUGCUCCAUAGUUUGAUACAAUGAACUAAAUUCUUCUUCUGUCUCCUUCAGUUUCAAUUACUGGACUGAAGGUAGACAAGACAGCAGCAAACCCAGCUCUGUCACACCUGCCCUUUUUCACAAAGUAUAAAUCAGCUUUUAAAGGACUUCACCUUACAAAUACUGAACUGGCAUUUGAUGCCAAUGAUAUGUCUGGAAAUAAGCAGAUGGAAGUAGCCAAAUUAUGUGGCAUCAAUAACAACCACUGGACUCCAGUCCAUAAAAACAGUGGUAAGAACAGUAGCACAUAUUUUAUGUGUGUGUUGCCAUAUUCAUUUCAGUCUUGCCACUGUCUUUGUUUCAAGUUGUUGAAAGUGGUGAAGUAGCACUGACGUAAAUAAUGUUGAUCUGUGAGAAGAAAGCAACCUAAAUACAUUAGUAAAAUCUGUGCAUGGCCUUGUUGAUCACAAUCAGGGGAAAUGUGGCAUGGCUACAUCACAACCUAAGCCUCAAAAGCCAGUGUUUUGCUGUUUGAAAAAAGAAGUGUGCAGUUGAUUGUCUUUAAAUAUCUAUAGGUUUUGCAACAUGCACCCUUCGUGGUUGAUUGAGAAAGGGUAGUUGCAUUAUUCUAGCAUUUACCUUGAAGCUGUUGAAGGCUGAAGAAUAACUUUCUGUGCAGUGAACUGAUAUAGAUUGUACCACAACAGCUUAUAAAUGCAGUUUGGUUGCAAAUACAGCACCAUGAGAGGUUAUUUUCAUGCCCUCAGACACUGUAUAUAGAGAUAACGCACAAUACUGAUUCAAUGCUUGGGCAAGUUUAUUGAAUUGAUACAUUGCUAUUAAGUUGCUUGUUCAUAUUUUAUGUACUGAAGUAACAAAGAAAAUGCUUCCAUGUGGGCAUGGGAGGAGCCAGUCAAUUUUGCAAUCCAUGAGAAGCCCAUUGAGCUGCAUGAUAUGCUACUCCAGAGUACUUCUUGCUUUUGGGUGAUGUUUUGGGGCUUCUACAGAAAUGGGGGAACUGAAAAUCCCCAGCUUAUAAGUAGAAGUAAUAUUUUUCUUCUCUGCUCACAUACAUAGGUAUUCUUACCUUAAUAGGUUGUGAACCACAUUACCAGUGGCUAAAGAAAGCCCCUUUUGGGAGCUAGAACUGUCAAAUGACAAAAUCAUAAAGUUCUGGGUAAUGUGCCUUUUCCUAUGAUAAACCAGAAUGACCUUUUGUGUGUGCAAAGUUAGCUAUAUAAUCCCCACCCCCCACCCCCACCCCCGCAGUUGGAAUAGUUUCUGCCACCUCAGUUCUGCUUCUGCUUGCAAGAUGACGGAAGAGAUCAGUUGUGAAAACAGUAGCAUUUUCCAUAGGGGAAUAGUAUUUCAAAAACAAAAAAUGAACAUGAAAUUGCUUAGAUCUCAUACUGUAAAAAUGUUAAAUCAAUUCUACAAGCAAUAGAAUGGGUCCAUACAUGAUACUGCAAAUGGAGACAAAGCAAAACCCUUCACUAAUACAGUGCAGACCAUGAAUGACUUCACAUUUAAUUACUUUUAAAAUUUAAUAUGGUAUACAAUGGUGACAGUUUAAAUGAAAUUAUGUCUUCCAGUUUUGCAUGAAAUAUUAUAAAAGAUGGAGUAGGGGGGGAAAUGCUACAAAGCAUUCGAGAUAUGAUUCCAAAUUAUUACAAGCUGCUUUACCUGUCUUCUAUUAAUGUAUAUGGCUGUUCAGUUUGAAAGCAUCCCAGCGCAAGCAGAUAAAUAGGUACCGCUGUGGUGGGAAGGUAAAUGGCAUUUUUGUGCGCUCUGGCUUCCAUCACAGUGUUCCAUUGAGCCAGAAGUCAUUUAGUCAUGCUGGCCACAUGACCUGGAAAGCUGUCUGUGGACAAACGCCAGCUCCCUAGGCCUGAAUGCAAGAAGAGUGCCACACACCAUAAUCGCUUUUGACUGGACUUUAACUGUCCAGGGGUCCUUUACCUUUAAGUUGCUUUACGUGUCUUCUAUUAAUGUAUAUGGCAUAUACAUGGCAUAAUGUAUAUAUUUAUAAUAAGAGAGCAGAAUAUUGUUGAUUGGGAGAAGCAAGUAUAACCCAUCAUAAGUUAUAGAGUAGGUGCAUUUAUGUGUUUUAUGGAUAAACUGUUUUAUUGCAAAACUGUUUUUUCAUGCCAACUGAACUGAAACUCCAUUACUUUACAGAACUAUAGAAAUAUGUGUUUGUCAGUGCAUAGUUCACCAUUAUUUGUUUCAUAGUAGUCUAACUUUCAGAGCCCAGCAAAAAUGCUAUACUCAGAAGCGAUAUACUCCAGAAUAGCUAUAUAGUAGCCCAAACCAGAGGCACAGCUUAAAUAAGAGGAAUUAGGUGGUUUUGCAUGAGCAUUCUCUACUUAGGCCCUGGAAGCUGAUACACAAAACCCUCAUGUCUCAUGACCUGGUCUCAAGUAUAUCAUUUCUGUGGAAUGAAAUUGCUUUAUUAUCUCCUGUAGACCUAUUUGAUAAAAUGUGAGCUUCAGAGUAUAGUAACAGUCUGUAGAGCAGAGAAAAUAGGCUAUCUUCAUGUAUUUAACAAAUUCAGUGGCGUAAGAAAGUGUGAAGAACUGGAGACACUGACAAGGUCUUCCAAGAUUAAGCAGGUAUAUGGAAGCAUAAUACCAGUCUCAACAGGCUUUUGUUAGGUUUGAUCAUUUGGACAAAAUGUAAAAUGUCAUUUGUUUCAGAAUGAAAGGUCAAAAUCACAAAUGAGAGAAAAGUAGGGCAUCACUUGUACUGCUAUACAGGAUGUGGCUUUAGCUGUGCACAGGAGUGGCUUUUACCUUUUCACAACUAAUAUCUGUUCCUAUUCUGAAAAGUGGUUCUAUGCUCAAGUCCAUUAAAAUAAAAGGGAUUUAUAUACCAAGCAGAAUGCAGAACUUCAGCCACAUUUUCAGUUUUCUGUAGUGUUUAUUCUGUGGCAAUUACAUUCAAGUAUAUUCAACACUGCAACUAUUGAUAAGCUGCUGUUUGAAAAGGUUUCCCUCUCCCAUUUCCCCCUCAUAAGAUAGCAUGCAGCUUGCACAAUGUCUGGUAUUUAGAUUCUCCCCUUCCUCCUUUGGAUUUGAAAUAGACCAUUGUAAUCAAUAUUAUGCUAGGUCCCAAUUUAACAGGAGCUACCACUCUUAGUUGGCAUGGUGAUUAUACCAGGUAUAGGAGUAGAGCUGGUUUACAUUGGGAGUGGCAUGGUUUCCCCCACCGCCACAUUUUGAACUUUGGGCUUUGCAGUCCUGAUGUUUCUAUGGUUACUGGUGAUUAGAAGGCAUUUCCAAAUAUAUCUGGCCUACAGCAAGGCCAUAGAGUCACAGAACAUCUGACAAAAAGUGACUUGAUCCCAUGACUAAUGUGAUGGUGAUUUUGGUGUCAUGAUGAUAUUGUCACUGAUGUUGGGAAGGAAUAUGCCGCUGAACUGCAGGUAAGAACCUCUAGGAUGUAGGAUGGUGGUGGAAUAUGACUGCUAAUGUUGACACAAUGCAGGCUGCAGUAGGGCACAUUACAUGACUGCUGGUUAAAAGAGAUACUGGCUAUUGCUUCCUACUCUUGCUCAACAGCAAUGCAAAAUCUCCAGCACAUGCCACACUGUUAAUGUUAUACAGAUGUGGACCAGAGCUUUGGCUAAGUGCUUGGCUGGGUCAUAGAGCAACACUGGAAAAUAUUUGUAUCUGUAGGUAACAUCAUCUGAUUACAAUACAAAAUGCCCGUCUUGACCAGCUAGCCCGACAUGUGUCUCUGGAAUACUUUAACUGGAACAAGUGCUAACAUAGCUAUAGCAUAAUCUGUAAAUCCAGUAUAUCAUGAGUUUCCAGCUCAAGAGAGUCAUUCUUUAGUUGGAAUGAAUACAAGUUUCUGGAAUCACAUGAAUGAACUGCUUUUUGAAGGAAAAGAAAACCAUGAAUUGUCUAUUUAUAUGUUGACUUUGUGUUUGUUUGCUUCAUAAUCCCUCAGAUAUUAAGAUUUGGACUUAAUGGUUUGAACUCAUACAUAUGACUUCUUAAAGCAAUUGCAUCAACACCUCCAGACAGAUAUGGGGGCAGCAGCAUAUUGUUAAUGUAGCUAUGAUUUAUAUCUGGUCCUUAUUAGCAGAUGUAAGCCAAGAACAGUUGUAUAGAUAACAUAUUCCAUAUAACAUUUGUGUAUAGCGGUACUCAUUUGAUCGCUUUUUAAAAGUCUCCUUAUGACAAGAGCAUUGUGCAUAUAUAUUGUGCAUAUAUAUUGUGCAUAUAUAUUGGUAGCUAUUUCUACUGGAUAAUUCUGGUUUGCAUUUCUAGUGUAUACAGUCAAAAACAUACUUAUUUUUUAAAAGUAGGACUUACUUCAUUCCUGCAUCCCUCAUGCCAUCUGGAGCAAGAGAGCUAUGUUAGCUGACCAAGAAGUUGGCAUAUUUUAUUUACCUCUUAGUGAAAACAGUUGCUUGGCUUGGUGGAACAACUUUGGCUGAUCCUGGUUGAUGGUGUUCUGGAAAAGAUCAUCUCAAUGGCACAGGGGCCUAUAUUCCACUGCCUCAGAAAGACAUCAUGAACGGAGAACGAAUUAGGCACUGAAGAUGUGGCAUGCAUCCCAAAAGCCCAAAUCACUCCACUAGGAUUAUUUUAGAGAUGACAGGAGCUGCCCCAUUUCCAGCAAAAGGAAUGUGAGGGGAGGUGAAUUGGGCUCUUAUGAUGCACUUCCCUGAGUCCAGUCUCCAUUUUCUCCCAGGAUUUUUGAUUGAUAUCUGCCAGUCUAAGCUGUUAAAAUAGCAUAAUAGUGCACAUGUAUCUGUUGACCGAUGGCAGUAAGCUGCAGAACAAGAAACGAAUCUUCAAAUGGCAACAGAUUUAUCUAGUGUGCUUGAAUAUAAUACAAGUGAAUAAUAUUUUAUAUAGUUGAUUCCAUCCACACAAUUGUGAUUGUGCUUCUGUGCUCAUGGCACUAUUUCUGUGUAGACAUAUGCUUUUUCUUAUUCCAUCUUAUUUGUUUAAACCCAGAAAAGCAAUCAAUUCCAGUGUAAUGCUUUGUACUCAGUACUAUCACUCUGUGUUGUUUAUGCAAGGGCUUUCAAUGGGCUGGACCCAUUGGUGGUUAUGUAUGAGAUGUUAUAAUCUUUUAAUAUUGUUGUGUCUAUAUUGUAAUUGUAUGAUCAGAAACAAGAUUUGUGUCUAAAACAAUCAUUUUUUAUUUAAUCAAUAAUGAAUGAUACUAAUAAAUAUUCUUAAUUUUUGCA